GAACAAGGGAGGGGGAAGGAAAAAAAUAAGCUAACAGAGAUGAGACACUUAACAUUUUCUUCUCAGUCACAGUUUCAGUGUGGGCUCCUGAGAUCUUGCAGGCAUUACCAAGGCAAUAGGCAGAAACUGGCUCUGGAAGUGUACUAGUUUAACUUUUUUUUAUGCUUUAUGUCUAGUCAGGAAUUUGGUUUAAAGAGAGUGCCUUCUGAUUAGCACUCCUAUUUAGCACUUUGGAAUGUGCGGCUUAGGUCAGUGCGAAUCAGGGUUUUAGCUUAGCUGGUACUUCUAAUUGCAAGUUCUCUGUACACCUCUUAGCACUCAGAAACUCUAAAGAAAGCAGAGUGAAGCAAGGAAGUGAAGGCUAAAAGAUCUGUUGUUCUAAAUAGCAUUGUAAGGAGUUGCUCAACUCUUCUCAUUUAGCAGAGCAUUAGUAAAAGAAGAUGCAUUAGGUUGCUGCCCAGAAACUCUUUCUUCUCUUUUCUUCUCUGUGAAUGGUGCUAAGGGCAGAGACUUACUUCAGCGCCACAAUCCAGAAUUUCAGCUGAGGAAAUAUGUCACUGAUGCCUGUGCUGGAUCAUUAAUAAAGCCACUACAAAUUGGGCAAGAGAAGACUUGGGCUAAUUCUGAGCUCCUGCUGGUGGGAAUCAAGAGCAGCUCUCUUGCAGUUGGUGAACAGGUGUAAAACUAGUUUAACAGGCUUUGAAUGAUUUUGACAUCAUGACUGCUGAGGAUUCCACAGCAAGGAUGAGUAACAAUUCCUCCAACGUGUCUGCCACUAAAGUUCCUGAAGGUGUAGCUGGUGCAACUAAUGAAGCUGCCCUGUUGGCACUCAUGGAGCGUACUGGAUACAGCAUGAUUCAAGAAAAUGGGCAGCGCAAGUAUGGUGGGCCUCCACCCAGCUGGGAAGGCUUACACCCUCCUCGUGGCUGUGAGGUUUUUGUUGGUAAAAUUCCCCGGGAUGUGUAUGAGGAUGAGCUAGUUCCUGUGUUUGAGUCUGUAGGGCGAAUCUAUGAAAUGCGCCUGAUGAUGGACUUUGAUGGAAAAAACCGUGGCUAUGCUUUUGUGAUGUACACACAAAAGCAUGAAGCCAAGCGGGCUGUCAGAGAACUGAACAACUAUGAAAUACGGCCUGGCAGACUUCUAGGCGUUUGCUGCAGUGUAGAUAACUGCAGGCUGUUCAUUGGAGGCAUCCCUAAAAUGAAGAAGAGAGAAGAAAUAUUAGAAGAGAUCUCUAAGGUGACAGAGGGAGUACUUGAUGUUAUCGUGUAUGCAAGUGCAGCAGACAAAAUGAAAAACAGAGGCUUUGCCUUUGUGGAGUAUGAAAGCCAUCGAGCAGCUGCCAUGGCUAGGAGAAAGCUAAUGCCUGGGAGAAUCCAGCUGUGGGGACACCAAAUUGCUGUCGACUGGGCAGAACCAGAGAUAGAUGUUGAUGAAGAUGUAAUGGAGACUGUUAAAAUCCUGUAUGUGAGGAAUUUAAUGAUUGAAACCACAGAGGAUACAAUUAAGAAAAUCUUUGGUCAGUUUAACCCUGGCUGUGUUGAACGGGUUAAAAAAAUACGUGAUUAUGCCUUUGUGCACUUUACAACCAGGGAAGAUGCUAUUCAUGCCAUGAACAACCUCAAUGGCACUGAAGUUGAAGGCUCCUGCCUGGAAGUUACCUUGGCCAAGCCAGUAGAUAAAGAGCAGUACACUCGUUAUCAGAAAGCAGCGAAAGGAGGAGGAGCAACAACAACAGAAGUCACGCAGCAACCUAAUUAUGUUUACUCUUGUGACCCAUACACACUAGCAUAUUAUGGAUAUCCAUACAAUGCUCUGAUCGGUCCCAACCGUGAUUAUUUUGUGAAAGCAGGCAGCAUACGAGGCAGAGGGCGAGGUGCAGCUGGCAACAGAGCCCCUGGCCCCAGGGGCUCUUACCUGGGGGGAUACUCCGCAGGCCGUGGCAUAUAUAGCAGAUACCAUGAAGGGAAAGGAAAGCAGCAAGAGAAAGGAUAUGAGCUUGUACCCAAUUUGGAAUUGUCUGCUGUCAAUCCAGUUGCCAUUAAACCUGGUACAGUGGCCAUCCCUGCUAUUGGUGCCCAGUACUCCAUGUUUCAGGCUGCCCCAGCAGCCAAGGUGAUGGAAGAUGGAAAAAUUCAUGCAGUAGAACAUAUCAUCAAUCCUAUUGCCGUCCAGCAGGAUCCAGCCAGUGCAGCAGCAGCAGCGGCGGCGGCAGCAGCCGCAGCUGUCAUACCUGCAGUUUCAACCCCUCCUCCUUUUCAGGGUCGCCCACUAACACCAGUGUACACUAUGGCUCACAACGUUCAGAGAAUUCCUGCUGCAGGGAUUUACGGUGCAAGUUAUGUUCCAUUUGCAGCACCUGGCACAGCAACAGCAACGAUAGCCACACUACAAAAGAAUGCAGCAGUUGCAGCAGCAGCAGCUUAUGGAGGAUAUGCCGGCUAUAUACCUCAGGCAUUCCCUGCUGCUACAAUCCAGGUUCCAAUACACGAUGUCUACCAGACAUACUGAGACUAUCAGCCACAGUGGAGGGGUGGGGGGGGGAACAAACACUGAAGGAACACUUUACUAUUUAUGAAGAAAGAACCUACUGCAAAAGAAUAUGUUUGGACUCAGUAACUAAUAUAAAAACCUGAAAGUGAAGAAUGUUAUCAAAUAUUAUGUCUGAAAUAUUUUAUACGCAUGAAGUUUUCACUUAAUUUUUUAGGCUGUUUUAACAUACCUGUAUUCAUUCAUACAUUUCUAAAUGACCUACAUGCAGUGAACCCAUUGUCUAUACAAAUUUAUACACAUUAGUCGGGUUGCAUAGGGUCUUGUUUUUUUAGCAGUUAUAUUUUCAAUAUAUUUGUGGUAUGAAGGUUAUUUUUUAGUAACUUCUGCACUCCAGAGAUUUCUAUUUUGUAGUGCCUUUAAUAAUAUAUCAGCUAUGUAUUAAAAAAGCACACCUGAGCAGCUAGGGAAAGUUAAACAAUAUAUUUUGAAAAAUAUAUUCAAUAUUUAAAAAAUACCUACCUUAGAAUUUUUUUAAAAGAAACAACAAGUAUCUUAUUUAAAAAGUUAUUUACUGGAAAGUGCAAUUUGAAAAUGAGCAAGACCUCUGCAUUAUGUGCUGACAUUCGUACAAUCUGUUUGUUAGUGUCUUAGAAUCACAAGCACCAAACAUCUAGUUAAAAAAAAAAUCUCAUAAAAUGAAACUCUUUAAAGCUGAAUUGACUGAAUCAUGUUAACUAAAGGAAAGGUUGUCAAGUUUUCCAUAACAUCCAGCUUUAUAUUUAUUCAAGUUAGCCAAUUCAGCCUCAAAGCACAUGCAGAACUGAGUGUCUGGUAUUUCAUGUCUUGACUUAGAUUUUUUUCCAGUAUACAGACCUAGGCUCUUUUUAAAUGCUCUUUAUUUUAUUCUUUUGAAGUGUAAGUUGUAGUGACUGAGAAUGUAUGAUAUUGUAGACAAGGACUGUAUGUGCUCUUGUCAACAGGAAGUAAUGCAUUAUUUACGUAUAGUUUCAUCAUGUUUCAUGCAAAAUUUCUGAGGUACUAGGGGUGUUAGUGAUACUGGACUUCAUAAAAAGGGGCUAGCCUCCCUCCCCUUCUCCCUUCCACGCCUAAUUCCAGUUUGCAUUAGUUGGAGUUAUGCAUGCACAUUGGGGAAGGGAGCGAUUAGCCUCCUAUAAGUUUAAGAAAUAGAGUUUGUAAAUAUCUUCUAAUAUACAUUUUUAAAGUCAUUUUAUGUUGCAAAUUUACAUGGUAUGUGGUUUGCUACAAAACAAAAACAUUUUAUUUCAACGUUAUUAAAAAGUUUGUUUUAUUAAGAAGUAAAUAUAUUAUUGCAGUGUUUUGUGGCCUGUUUAAAGGCUUUUAUUUAGUAUCACAGUGAAUGUAAAAUACAGUAAAAUGUUAAAGGAAGAGCUCACUCACUUUAUGAAGUGCAUCAGCUCUGCCAAAACAACUCUAGUGAAGUGAGGUGCACAGCAAAUAGCGAGUAAACAAUUGUGCUUUCUUGUUUUGUUUGCUUUUUUUCCUAUAAGAACGAGCUGGGGAUCCAUCAAAAGGCAUGGUUUUUGCCCACUGACAACAAUUUCAGAUCAUGUCUCACUAAAGUAAGUGCGGGCUUAUUAUAUAUUUUCUUGUCUUAAAUUUGGCAGUUAGUUUAGUCGUUUUUCUUUGGCUGAGCGCUGUUAUAUUCAGUCCUACCUUACUUUUAUCAAAAGCACUGUAAGGAAGUUAACCAUUAAAUUGGACUCUGACCGAAAUGCUCCUUCCCAUGACAGUUUUAUCACGCAUUCUGGUGUUUCUGAAAAUAUAUCUAGACCUCAGCUCAAAGACUCCACCCUAUUUGAAUAUUAUCCAAGUGCCAAAGUACACAAAAUGGGCAACCUUCAAGGCCUGAUACUGUGGGAGCUCCAUGGGGAACAAUAGCUGCAGCCUACUGAAGGCCAGAGAUGUUUUUCUGAAGGACUCAAGAUUGUUUUUCUGAGUGGUACCAUUGGCUGAGUACUAGAAGGCAAGGAUAAGACCCAUGAAUUAAUGCCAUUUCAGUAGUUGAUCGCUUUGCUACAUAGGUUCUCCUAGGGACAGCAGAAAGUGAAGUGCAGGUUGCUUCCCUGCUUUUGCCUCCCCGUACCUUUAUCUAGAACCUUGACAAGCUCCAGUGCUGCAGAUAUCCAGCCAAGGAGGAAUUAGGGGGUCAUCAUUGCCCUCCCCUAUGUCUAUGCCCAACAAGAGAUAUUCACUGGAUCCAUCUCUCCUCAGCUUGUCUUUUUUAUGGUCUGGCCCCAGUGCUUCAAAUAUCAAUUAAAGUUCUUACUGUAUUUUUCAUCAGUCUGUAUAUUAUGUGCAACAAAAAUAGAGAUGAUAUCCUAACAUGGCAAAGGCCAAGCAACUUUGGUUCUGAUCUUUGGAGCUCCACAUAGGUGCAGGGGACUGUGCUUACCUGUUCCAUCAGCAGGAUUAGGUCAGUGUUGGAUUUACAGCCUGUUAAAUGAUAUCUUUGAGGCUCCCAUCUAUGGUCUCUCUUUAUACUUGUUUCUAAACCAUUUCAUGUACACUACUGAGGUAAGUUUAUAACUUGAAAUGUGAACAUUUUUAGGUUAAGAACAAAGUAUACAAAGAUAUACACACACAAACACACACACACAUCUAUACGUGUUUGUAUGUGUGUGUGUAUAUCAUGUGCCUUAUUUUUCAAACGUGCUAGUAUUUUAGGUGUUUUACUAUAUCUCUUGUCCUCAUAUUGUUGAAAGGUUCUAUGUUUAUUCAGUUCUUGCUCCAUUUACGGUACAUUCCUAGGAUGUAGUAAAUAAAGCAUUCUUUAAAAAUUGA